CAAACAAUUCCGGAGAUUUUACUGCUGAGCCCCUGUGUCUCUGUCCGUCUGUUUUCUCAGUAAUUCAAAUUCUCAGCUCAUCUAGGGUUUUUCUUGCUCCACCUUCCCCACCAAUUGUGUUUCAGGUUGCGGUUAGGAAUGGACGGCGAGGAGUUGACUGAGCAGGAGACUGCUCUUUACGAUCGCCAAAUUAGGGUUUGGGGCGCUGGUGCCCAGAGAAGACUGAGCAAAGCUCAUAUACUAGUCUGUGGAAUUACUGGAACUAUUGCUGAGUUUUGCAAGAAUAUUGUACUAGCCGGAGUUGGUAGUUUGACACUGGUUGAUAAUCGGGCUGUGACCGAGGAAGCGCUUUCUGCCAACUUUCUGAUACCUUCUGAUGAAAAUGUGUGUGCCGGGAAAACUCUAACUGAACUUUGUCGCGAUUCUCUGAAAGAUUUCAAUCCGAUGGUUCGUGUUUCUGUAGAAAAAGGUGAUUUGUCAAGCUUCGGAGCAGAGUUCUACAGUAAGUUUGAUGUCGUCGUUGUCAGUUGUUGCUCCUUCACAACUAAAAAAUUGAUAAAUGAAAAAUGCCGAAAGUUAUCGAAGCGUGUGGCAUUUUAUACAGUUGACUGUAGAGACUCUUGUGGUGAAAUAUUUGUUGAUCUGCAACACCACAAAUACUCGAAGCAAAAACGGGAGGAAACAAUCGAAUGCGAACUACAUUAUCCAAGUUUUGAGGAAUCAAUUUCAGUACCUUGGAAAGCACUUCCCAGGAAAUUCUCAAAACUAUACUUUGCUAUGCGAGUAAUAGAAAGGUUUGAAGAAGUUGAGCAACGUAAACCUGGAGAAUUAUCAAUUGCAGAUCUUCCUGCUGUUGUGAAGUUGAAAAAGGAGCUCUGUGAGGCACAGUCAUUGAACGAAUCUCAUAUCCCAAAUGUCCUCCUCGAAAGACUGGUGACUGAUACAAGAGAAUUUCCUCCAGUUUGUCCCAUCAUUGGGGGGAUUCUCGGACAGGAGGUCAUUAAGGCAAUAUCAGGCAAAGGAGACCCCCUCAAGAAUUUCUUCUUCUUCGACGCUAUGGAUGGAAAGGGCAUAAUAGAGGACGUAUCAGGGAAGCCUUGAAGCUGAGCAGUCUUGCAGAGGGAAACUUAAAUAGAUCGAAGGGCUAGGAAAGUAGGAGAUGUCCUAACUGCCGUAUAGGGAUUUCAGGUUGUUGGUGAUAGAUUUUUAAGAGAGUUGACCCCUUUUCAUGGGUACUAAUCUUUGCUUGUAGUGUAGCUUCAAAAAAUUCUACCUCUCCUUUUGUGCUUCUUGAGCUUUUGCAGUGUUGUUAAAUGAAUCAUAAUUUGUAACAUCCAGUGGAUGGUCAUGUGUUAAACAAGUUCAAUCAAAACCAUGGCUAAAACCUGAACUUUUUAUUCAUUUGUUUAAAUCGAAA